ACAAACAUGAGUGUCAACCUGAGGCUUCUCACCCACUUUCUGUCUCUGUCACACAGACGCACACACGCAUGGAGACUUGAGGUGCUUCUUUUACCCGUGAACCUCAUUAUUUCCACUCAUAACACGGGGGACAUGAGUCUGGGAGAAGAGCUCUGUUAUAAAGCACAUCAAAUGGAAGUGGAGGAAGACUUUUACUCGUAUGAAUUCAGUAAUGAUGAGGAUCUGCCGGUGUAUAAGGACAGUGAGGAGCUGUUCGCAGCUCUUCGGCAGAAGGAGGAUGAAGUUCUUCUGGCCGCUCAGGUGGGAAAUGCUCUGCUGUUGGAGAACAGACAGCUGAAGGAAGAGAGAGACGCGCUUCAUGACAAAUACACGCAGCAGCUGGAGGAGCUGGAGCAGGGCAGGUACGAGCUGCGCGUGAAACUGGACGACUGCCAGGCGCAGUGGGAGAGUCAGGCGUCUGAGCUGGAGCGAGACGUGCAGGAGCUGCAGGCGCAGGUCGAGAGACUGAAUCAGAGUCUGAGCGAGACUGAAAGAGAGAAGAGCAGACUGCAGCAUGAGCACAGCGAACAGAGCCAGAGACUCAGAGAACAGCUGCAAAGGGGUAUGGAAGUGGAGCGAACCAUGACCAACGAGCUUCAAAGACUGAAACAGGAAAUGAGAGAAAGGGGGCAAGCCAGACCCCAGGACGAAGAAAUCAUCAACGCUCUUCGAGAACAGGUGGCACGACUCACGCAGCGGGAGCAAACACUUGAUCAGCGCUUUAAGAUGACUUGUCACGAGAAUGAGGAACUAAAAAACACUGUGUCCACACUCCACGCACGCCUGGAUCUACAGGAACAACAGAGUCACACACACACACAACAGCUGGCAGAGGCCUGGCGAGAAGUGGAUGGGGUUCGUUCCCGGGCUCAAGAGCUGCAAUCUCAGGUCGAGGAGCUUCAAGAGGAAAUGGCCCUCCAGGAGAAGAGCCACAAUGACUCGUCUUUACUGUCUGAGCUUGAAAACAAUCUGGAUGCCUCAAACUGCAGCCUGGAUAAAGAACAGCAGGUCUGUCGGGAGCUGAACUACAUCCUGGAACUGCUUCAACCCGUGGCCUACAGAUCAGAGGCUGAGCAGAACUCGGAUGACAGCCUGCAGGGCAUUCUGGGACAACUCAAACAUGCAGCACAAUGGAUAGCACACAGUGAGACACUACAGGAGAAGAGGAAGUCGAUUGUGGGAUUGGUGAGCGAUCCGUGUGAGAAUGCCGUCCGGAUACAGGAGCUGCAGGAUCAGAAUGAGCGUCUCAUAGCAGAAAACACUGAGCUCAAGCUGCGAGCUGAGAGACUUGUGGAGCAGGAAGUAGUUCAGCAGGCCAUAAAGGACCGCGAUGAUGCCAUCACUAAGAAGACAGCGAUGGAAGCGGAGCUGCUGAGGACUAAACAUGAUAUGAUGUGUUUGAACAACCAACUACUGGAAGCCAUUCAACGCAAACUAGAGCUGUCACAGGAACUGGAGGCCUGGCAGGAUGAUAUCCAAAUUAUCAUCAAUCAGCAGCUAAAGAUGCAGCAGCAGACAGAACAGCCUCAGAAGAGAUCAACGGGUCGUCUUUCUUUCCUGAGUAAGUCUAGACGUCCGUCCUCUUCCCCUCGGUGAUAUCAGAGAUCAGCCCGGAGCAGAACCAGACGCCCUGGAGAGACUGGCUCAAACGCAGCAAAUAAACCUACAUACAGAAACAUAUCAGACACUCAUGGAUUAUGAUCCACCCAUAUAUGCCAAAGACACUGACCGUGUUAAAAAACUGUGUUUGGAAAAAAACAACAUACCUUUUCCAAGAACAAACUGCAAAAACAUGUUCACGUUUCUACCCAAAUUUUUAAAAACAAAGCGAAGAAAUAUUUUGUAUUAAGAUAAUGAAACACUUUAAAACUUAAUGGAAUGUCAUUUUAGAAAUGCUAAUAGAAUGUGCUGAGACUUUUGUCUUCUUGCAAAGUAUGAUUUCUUCUUUCUUUCUGUUGUCUUUGGAGUGAAAUGUUUUUUGUGAGAUUCAGUUGUAUAUUACAACUAUUUAUAGUUCAUGUAAAUAAUGAAAUAAUGAAUACAGUGACAUCAUGCUGGUCAUGAUUGAGUUGAUUAAUGUUGUUAUGUAAUCUUUAAUAGAACAAAACAUUUACCUGAACUGCGCAUGAAAAGUAUGUGCACAUGAAGGAAUGUGUCAGAAUGAAAUACUCCAGAUGGUGCUUAAGAGUUCAAAAACUGACAUUGUCCAGUUCACUAAUGCUCUGUAUCAUAUGAAGGAACUGUAGCGCUCAGAUUUGUGGUGUUUUCAUUAUUUACAGUAUAAUGCAAUGAUUCAAAUGUUCAUGGCUAAAACCUCUUAAGUACUCUUAUGUAUAUCACUAAUCCAGUUUUGUUUUGCAAGUUUUGUAUGUAAUUUAUAUCUUUGUCAAUAUGACAUUUGUACAAUUACAUUUGUAUGUAUAACACUGUCUUUAGGAUAUUUUUAAGAAAUUCAUUUGCACAUCAGUUUUCAGUAAAAGUAUAUUAAAAAAAAAUCAAUUGUAUAAAGCAUUGUAACACUAGUAGACACUGAUCUGUUCAUUUAAGUUGAUCUAUCAGAACAUGCAAGCCCAGUGGGCAACCCAGUGGGAUGUUGGAAAGACAUCAAACACUGGAGAAAAAAAAAAAGGUCAAAUAUGCAAAUUAAACUGACGUCAAAAACUUGAUUGACAUUGAUUUGAUGUAAAUUGAAUGUCAAACAUAUUGCCCUAUGUAUAUAUUAACCAUGGGGGAUUCACUUACUAUUUUCACCGUUACCACUGGAAGAAAAGUGCAUGUUUCACCUGUUUUUUGAGGUCAAUUUUUAUGUGAACUUGAUGUUUUUCAACAUUUGCAACUGCAAAAUGUCUUUCAUCUGAUUUUUGCCAUGCUUAAAUUAUUCCACCAUUCUUUUUGAUAAAGCUACUGUUUAAAAAAUAC